AUGAGCUUUAUUCGCGAACGUGUACGCGAACUUCAAAGUGACUUGGAUCUUCUUUAUCGCUCAGUAACCCUCAACAUUCUUGAUCAAAAAAUUGAAACGAUCGAUCAGGGCGAUGUCGAACGCGCAGAAGCUAUUAAAAGUGCAAUUCAAUCUGUCAAACUUGAAGAAGGAAAAGUACCAAAUUUAAUCUUUGUAAUAACUCAACUGGAAACCUUGGAAAGAAAACUAUACGGAAGCAAAAAAGACGGCAAAGAACAGGAAGUACCCCUGGAAAACGGAAAAUUUAGCGCGAUAGUUUUGCUCUUGGAGUUGAUAUUUUUAGCGAAGGUGACUGUGGCAGUAUACGCGAAAGUGAUGGAACACUUUCUAAUCUCGACUCUGCCACUAUUCGAAGAUAUUUAUUACUGGGAAAAGCUGCAUGGAAGUAGAUUUUGGACUACAAUUCAUAUGCUUCAAACUCUUCCCGUACGCGUAUAUUCAUUACUGAGGGCUAGCUUCAAUCCUGUUCGUGAACAAUAUCAAAAUGUGUCUUUGACAAAUCCUUUGUUUCCCUUGAGGCAAUAUUUUACAAGAGAUCUGUUUUCUACACAUAUUCAUACGCGUAUUUCAAGCCUUUCAACAUUAUCCGUAUUACAUUUGGCGCGUCGAGAAAUUUGGUAUAAAAAAAUAAAGUUGAAAUCUAUUAUGGAAUAUCAGGCGGCAUGCCUAGGUUUCUUAAGUAAAGAAGGUUUGGAUUUCAAAUAUGCUACAGAAAAUGUUGAACAAUUAGAUGCGGCACGUGUACAUGCAGCUAUCUUGGAUUCAUUGACCAAAUGCUUGAUCUUGAUGGAAAGAACUCUGAACGAAGCAACUAGAUUAGAUGUCAAAACCGGAGAUGUGCCGAGCAUAAAAAAUAUCACAGACGACGUGAAGAGUCCUCAAAAUUCGCCGAAUUUCUAUGAACGCCUUCGAAUUGUUGUCAUUUACCUUUCUCAACAUGAUGCUCGAUAUUCACGAGUUAUAGCAUUCUAUGGUCAACCUUCAAGCCUGGUGCGUUGGUGGAUACCUUUCACCAUUUCUUCUAUUCUCAUUUAUAAAACUCGAAGAUACAUGUCCCAGGAAUUCUUUCGGGAUUGGUUAGAGGACUUAAAGACUACUGUCAUCAAUUUUUGGAAAGACUGGGUGUGGGAUCCUGUUAAGGAGAUGAUGGACACAAUUCGUCACCGAGAAAGUAGGUUAGCCAUCAUGGGUAAAGAAAGCCUUAAUUCAGAUUUCGAGUCAUUAGAAAGAAUGGUCCUUGACUUCGCACGAGAACAAAACUUCUCUCCUGAAGAACUGACAAAGCUUUCAUAUAGCAUAAAAGAAGGAGAUCUAUCAAUGGUGUUGAAAAUAUAUGAGCAAGAAUUAAAGAGUCCUUUCAAAUCCACUCUUACAGGUAAACUGAUUCGCACAUUGCUCAUCCAAGUCCAAAAGACAAAAGUCGACCUAGAAUUGGCCAUGGCAGCUCUGGACAAGCUUUUGAAGUCCAAUGAACUAAAUUUCGCUUUCUUGGCGGUUGGACCUAGUAUAUUUAUUGUCUACUUGCUUUUUAAUUGGAUUAAAGCAAUUUUGUGGAGAAAAGAAAGAUGGACCAAUAGACUUUUAGGUACAAAUGUCAAAAUGAGAGAAUCUUUACGUCAGGUGGAACGCCUUCUCGUUAAUCACUACCGCUCUCCCAAUACUGAAAUACCUUUCGCUACACAUGGCCUAAUACUUUGUCAUGUUCACUAUCUUCGAUCCUAUUCUUCAUGCUUAUCAUCAAAAAACAAUUUGCGUUAUCGAUUCUUAGAUGACCUUCGGGACCUAGAUACCCCGAAUAUGUCAAUAAGACAGAAAAUCUGGACUUGUGAACGUAUGUGGCGUUGUUGGGGAUUUUUAAAGAGUGAGAAUGAAUGA